CAGACGAGGGCGCCUGUGAAUCAACAACCACUCGCUCACAAACCAUCGGCCCUUAACUUGUGUGGUCUCCCCUGGAAAAUACAGGAUAUUCAGCCGACACAGCGCAUGCGAAAGCGACAAGUAGCGAUCGCUGCAGAUACGACGACAUAAAUUCGAGCAGACGAAUACCGAGCUCGAGCCUCCCGCCGUUCACAUGCAAGUGGUGUCGUAGACCCUGCAGCACAACAUUACCAUACGCCCUUCACAGCCUGCAUCCACCAGAUGAUGCUGUUGAUCUGACGGCUGACGCUCGGUCAUGUCGUCCGAUCGUGUCAACCCUCGACCUCUCAGGCCGGUGCUCGCCUCGAACAGGACCGCUCGAUCGCCCUUGGCCCCGCGUGUCGCCGUCAAAGCGGGACCGACGGCUACACCUUCUUCCGCAACACCAAGAGCUUUGACAAGGACGUCCAUAACAGCACCGCGGGCGAACAAGACGACAGAUGAUGCUCCUGCCAAGGAGAGCAAUGGCAGUGGUAACAUCACACCUCGCUCAGGAGUGCGAAAGUCGAGGGCUGAGAGCUCGCAUGACUCUCCCAUUCAAGAUGAUGGACAAUCGGGAACAUGGCCAAGGUCUGCAGCACCGCCCGCUUUGGCACCUUCGGAUCGUAAUGGAGGUGUAGGUGGUCCUGUUCUUGGAAGACCCAAGGUCAGCAAGUCAUUAAGUGUUGUUGGCGACAGUUCAACGAGGGGAGCACAAUCUGCAAUGGUUUAUCGUCCCUAUACGACACCUGAUGCUAUGACUCCAGGUUCUGGCGAUGGUUUUGAGAGUCGUUUCUUCCACGCAAGCGACAUGUUGAAGCAGGAACCAGCACCGAAACGGCCGGAGCCAAAGAAGGUGCCAACUUUUUUCUACGCGGAUGGACAAGAGGAUGUCACGACAGUAUCGAUACCUGUGCCACCGCCAAGGUCUCCGUCACCUAUAAAUCCUGCUGUGGUUGAGUCGCGGCCUUCUGCGCCAUGGAUGCGCUCUGAGCCGGUGCCCAGCACGGUCAAAACCACGCCGGUAUUGUCGCCGACGCUCAGUUCGCUGGCAGCAGGAUCACCGUUCUUCACACCGAUGUCAUCUUCACAUUUGCAGCCCCGCUCGCCUUCGCCAAGCAAAGAGAACAUACAUUUGUCCUACAGGAAAGGUGCUUCACAAAUCUUUGGGACACGACCACUAUCGCGACCCACUACGGCUUCCAUCAUGGAAAGUGCUAGUCUGACGGUUCAUGAUGGUACGGCGCGACCAAGAUCAUCACCGAAGCAUCGCAAAUCUGGUAGCCUUUCUUCUAUCGAUUCUGGAAAUUCUCAUCAGUCUCGAAGGCGUUCUGCCACCGCUGUUGAUUUAGCCACUCUCGCAUCGAAUCUGCCGCUGGAGCCAACUGCAGUCGCUCCCACCCAGAUGCCAGUAGUCCCGACCAUUUUACCUACAAUUGAUACGUCUCUAGCAAUGUCGUCACGCGCGAUUUCUCCUCCACUAGACGGCGCGCUCAGCCCUACGAAAUUCGGAUCAUCCGAGCUUGCAGCAGACGCACGACGGGAGAGGAAAGUGCUUGACCUCGAAAUUUCCAACAGCUCCUUGCUGGCCAUUAACGCAAGCUUGGAACGAGAAGUGCGGCGACAGAGAGCUGAAUUGAAAAGGUACCGGCGAUUGUCCCGUGCGGGCCACUUCCCGCUUUCAUCAGGAGAGCAUUCAGCACGGCAUUCGGAUGGCUUAGACACUUUGGAUGAAGAGUUGAGCGAAGGGCCGGAAGCAUUCAAUUUGUCGGCUGGAAUGACGCAUCUGCAGGACGAUUUCACCGACUCGGAUGAGGACGAAGGCAGCGUACUCAGUGGAGGAGACACAGUAUUAACCGAAAUGCAAUCUGGAAGACAUCAAGAUCGCCUAGCUAAAGAUGAACUUCGCCUGCGGCUCGACUUGCAGCGUCACAAAGAAUUGCUUGUCCAAAGCCAAGGCAUGAAUCAGAGCCUGAAACGAUGCAUGUAUGCCACUGAGGAGAUGAUCAAGGAUGGCAGACGUGCUCUGCAAUAUCACGUCCGUGUCUCAGACAUCAAGCUCGGCGGCCGAAUUCUCACCGGACAUGAAGAGGAUGACGAUGCGGAGAGAGAACAGAUUGAAGUCGAAGACGAUUAUGAUUUAGAUGUCACAGAUGUCACCGAAGGCGAUCAAGGUGCGAUGGAAAGUGCUCAAGACUUGCUUGACGUUUGGACCGGCCUCGGCCGUCCGAGGCUACAUGGCAGUGAAGGAUCUGGCGAUCGUGACUCUGGUAUCGAGGUCGAUAAACCAUUCGCACGAGCAUCAGCUGGGCUUCACUCGGACGUGUCAAUACCUCGCAACGACUCUGGCAGACCACCCGAGAUUGAUCAUAUCCAGGAAGUCACUGCCGUCCAUUUCACUGCCAAAGCAUCCCCUGAAGUUUCAAAUGAAGCAUCUGGAGUACCAUGAGGUGAUCACUCGAAUGCCAGAUUCGCGGGAGCCAUGGCCCAAAGGCUACUCUCUAGCCUUUCAAUACCAAAGCUGGAUUUUUAUUGUUGUUCGUUGCAUUGUGAUUAGCUUUUGCCACUUAUUGCAUCGAGAUACCCUUACAGGAUAGAUUUUACUUACCCUCUCUUAUGAUACCAUAACCUAAGAACUUUACAGUCGACGUCC